UCCAAGCAGUGCUACGACACAGGCUUCAAUAUACCUCCUCAAAAUAAUUCCCUACGGCAUUCUUCGCAAUGGGAUACACCAAAGUGGCAGUCUCCGGCGCGACCGGCAAUCUUGGACCAUCAAUUGUCGAGCAGCUCGUCAACGCAGGCCUCGAUGUGACCAUACUUUCCCAGAGCGGCAACACUUCUGCGCUUCCAUCUUCAGUAAAAGUCAUCAAAGUCGAUCACAGCUCCCAGGAAUCCGUGACUUCAGCACUCAAAGGCAUCGAAGCUUACGUAUGUCUCGUGCCAAACCACGGCAGCCAGCCACCAUUGAUCGAUGCCGCCAUCGCCGCCGGCGUACAACGUUUCAUCCCUUCAGAAUUCGGCUCCAACAUCUCCGGAAGCAGCAAAACGGCCAAUCUUCCCCUCCUCGGCAGCAAAAAGCAGGUCGAAGAUUAUCUGGCGACGAAAGCGAACGAGAUCAGCUACACCAUCGUCCACAACGGCCUGUUUCUGGACUGGGGUAUUCAAAUCGGUCUCAUCGCCAACCUCAAGGGCGGCAAGACAACCUUGUUUGACGGCGGCGAUACCGAAUUCAGUUCGACGCAACUUUCUGAUAUCGGCAAAGCCGUCGUCGGUAUCUUGAAGCAUCCGGAAGAGACCAAGAACCGUACCGUCUACAUUCAGACUGCUCUCGUCACGCAGAACAAAAUUCUGGGCUUGGCCAAGAAGUUGAAGCCGGAUGCCACGUUCGAGACGGAGGUUGUAAAGAUCGCAGAUGUGGAAAAGGCUGCUUACGAAGCUCUGCAGCAAGGUCCCGAGAAAAUCGGCGAGGCGAUUUAUGGUUUUGUCAAGGUGUCUGUCUGGGACCCGGAGUGUGGUGCCAAUUGGUCUAGCAAGAAUGAUAAUGCUUUGCUCGGCGUCAAGGAUGCUACGGACGAAGAUCUGGAGAAAAUUGUUGCAAGGCUUUUGUAAAUGCUAUAGUCUUCCACUAAUGAUGAUAGCCG